UUCACAUAUUUUUUGUCCCGGAAAAUAAAGUUAUGUCAUGCGCACUGAUGUCGGGCAACCGAUAUCCUAGUAAAUAAUGGACGAAUAAUAUAGUAGUAUCAACAGCAAUCGAGACCAUCUGCCAAAAUUUAUAUUGAAAUGGCAUUCGUUUCUUCAAUUUUCUUUCAGAAGAGACAUUAAUCUACAUUUUGAACCCAAUUUUAAGUCGAUUACGAUUCAGACAUGGAGCUUAGAGUAGGAAAUAAGUACAGACUGGGGAGAAAAAUUGGUAGUGGAUCUUUUGGUGAUAUUUACCUUGGUACUGAUAUUUCUAAUGGUGAAGAAGUUGCUAUCAAAUUAGAAUGUGUCAAAACAAAACAUCCACAACUGCAUAUAGAAAGCAAAAUAUAUCGUAUGAUGCAAGGUGGUGUUGGUAUACCUACAAUAAAAUGGUGUGGUGCAGAAGGAGACUACAAUGUGAUGGUGAUGGAGUUAUUAGGCCCUAGUCUUGAGGAUCUGUUUAAUUUUUGCUCACGCAAAUUCAGUUUAAAAACUGUAUUGUUACUAGCUGAUCAGUUGAUUAGUAGGAUUGAAUAUAUUCAUUCCAAAAACUUUAUACACAGAGAUGUGAAACCUGAUAAUUUUCUAAUGGGACUUGGAAAGAAAGGAAAUCUUGUGUAUAUUAUAGACUUUGGACUUGCUAAAAAAUAUAGGGAUGCCAGGACACAUCAACAUAUUCCAUAUCGGGAAAACAAGAAUCUCACUGGAACAGCCAGAUACGCCAGUAUUAACACACAUUUAGGAAUAGAACAAAGUAGGAGGGAUGAUAUGGAGUCAUUAGGCUAUGUGUUUAUGUACUUCUUGCGGGGAAGUUUACCUUGGCAGGGUCUGAAGGCAGCUACAAAAAGACAGAAGUAUGAACGUAUUAGUGAAAAGAAAAUGUCAACUCCUAUUGAAGAAUUAUGUAAAGGAUUUCCUUCUGAAUUUGCCACCUACCUAAAUUUUUGUCGAUCUCUACGGUUUGAUGACAAACCAGAUUAUUCUUAUCUACGACAGUUGUUCAGGAAUUUGUUCCAUCGCCAAGGAUUUACCUACGAUUAUGUAUUUGACUGGAACAUGUUAAAAUUUGGAGGACGUAAUAAUGAUGAUUCAGACAGAGGUAAAAUUGGAUCCUCUGCCCGUCCAGUGCAUGGCACAGCUGGUGGUAGUCGGAUGAAAAAUGAUCAAAUGCCCGUCACUGCAGCCACACCACCAGGUGAUUACGAUAAUGAAUCACCUAGACCCUAUUCUAGAGAAAGGGAAAGAAGAACAAGCACCCGUCUUCACCGAGGGAUACCUACAGGUGCUGAACAACUACAACGUGAUGCCACACGAAUUUCUACAGCUCCAAUGCAGGCUGGUUUAACUGGUGUCAAUUCAGCAAUGAGGAGAGGUAGUGCUUCAAAAGAUGGUGAUAUACCUGUAAGGACAGGCUCGUCUCGACAUAAUCGAAAAUGAUAGUGCUGUAAUCAAAUUGUUGGAGGAAGAUGGUGCCAAUUUUUAUGCGAAAUGUGAUAUAAAUGUGUCAACAUCUACAUGAUUUACAUGUGUGUGUUAAUGUGGUUGUAUAAAUGUUAAUGAUUGAUUCUUUUAUAAAUGUAUUUUAUGUAGGUCCUUGUUUUUUUAAACAGUUCAAAACAAAUGAUAAAAAAGUUGAGUUUGUAUGAAAACUGUACACAUCAGUUAUAUGUAUCAUAAACUGAAUAUGAGUCUCCAAUAAACCACAAGAAUGUCAUUUAUGAAAAAUGUAAUUUCAUUACUUGCAUACAUACAAUGGGUUUUUCUUUCUUCAUCAAUUUCUCUCUCAAUUAAGAUACAAAUUUGCAUCCUAAAAUUUCUGACUCGAUAUCUGUUUGAACAUAAUAUUAAUUUUGUGUAAAGGAGUACAAUAUAUUUUAAGGAGAUGUUGGGACUUCCUGUUAUUUUUUAAUUUUAUAAAGGAGGCAAUUUUGAAAUAAAUAUUUUACUUAAUAUUAUUUUAAGUUAACCAUACAUAGACUGAAACCAUUUAGAAUAUUAACCCCACCUUGUGUAGAUGUUUGAAAAGGGUUUUUAUGAAUGAAAAGUGUGGAUCACAUAUUUUUAAAGUGAGAUGUAUAAAAUAUUUUACUAAAAUGUGAAUAUGUUGUUAGUGAUUAACAUUUAUCAAAUUUUAAUGAUUUGUGUGCAAGAAUACUGUCAGUUAUUUUUAAAAUAUGCAAAAACACUACUAUAAGGUACAGUUAAACAAAAAAAACAUUUAAUUGAUAAUGGUUUUCAAAAUUGUUACCUUCAACUGUCAACUUGUGAAAAUGUCUUUUUAAAGUAAUUUUUUUUCUCGUAGCCAGAAUUAAAAUGUGCAAAGCUGUUCUUAUCAAGCUCUUUCGGAUAAUAAUAAUAACUAUCAAUCCCAGAGCUAUCUUGAAAUAUGAAAUGCUGUAUUGGUGUUGUCAUGGUUAAAUAAUAUUCUUUAUAUUAACUUGAGAUGUGUAAUGCUGUUGCACAGUAAGAUGUGAUUUGAGAGUCUUCAUUGUUGAAGGUCAUAAUACUAUAUAUUGUUCUGUUUAUAACUGUCUUUAGAACAAUUGAUAUUACAAGUGUUUUGCUAUUGUAAUCUAAAUCAAAAAGCUAACUGUCCAUAAGUUUUGUCUGAUUGAAAACAAGUUGAUAAAUGUUACAAAACUUCACUAUUGUGCAAGACUAACAUGGCUGUUUUAUUGAAUAAUCAAAUUGUCUUGAUGUUCAAACUUUUUUUUCAAAAUUUGCUCUCAAAUUUCUGUGCUUUUUGCAGCAUACUUGAAUUCUUUUCAGCUCGGUGAAUGCUUCUGUCUGAUUGUAAGAAAUCUUCUUUUUAUAGGAUACAAAAUUGUCUCAUUAUUUAAUCUUGUAAAGAUGUUGUUAGUCAUUUAAUAUAUCACAUCUGUGUUUAAAUCAUCACUCAUUAACAAUUCCAGUUGAGUUCUCAGGUUUAAAUCUUUACUGUUUCGUAAUUAUCAUACAUUUCAUCCAAUUUUUUUUUCAUUUUAACAUUAUAAGUUUUACUGGUUCAAAUGAAUUCAAAACGGAACCAGUUAGUGUAUUUGAGCAUUCAUAUUUGUAUCUAGUUUGCAAGAUCUAAGGAUUCUUUUCAAGAAAAUUCAAUCCAUUUUGAUUUAAAUGACAUUUUAUGAACAGAUGGACAUUAAUUUUUUUGGGGCAAUUAUGGUUUUAUAUAGUGAGGGGUUAAAGAUUAAUAAUUUUUGGGCAACAUCAUGGGAUUUUAUGAAACAUUGAUGGUAGCUUCUACAUGAUAAAGCAACCUGAACAAAAUUAAAAACAAAAUUUAAUUGUAGUUCUGAUUUACUUUUACAAAAAUAGUUGUUUUGUUUGUUAACAUAGCAGUUCUCCACUAACAGUAGCAGAAGCAGGCAAGAUUUUAAAAAGAUUUUAAAAUUUGAAAGGAAUGGAAAUGUCUUACCAUUUGUUUAUCUAACAAUAGUUUGUCUUUUAUUUAAUGUUAACAAUAAAAUGGUACUGAAGAAUGAAUGGUUAAUAUACUAAGUAAAAUGCCAAAAACAUUUUAGUACCAUUUAAAAUCAUACAACAUUAUUUGUGAAUGUUCAUAUACAUAUAUUUAUUAUCAUCACUUAUAUUAUUAUAACAAACCUCCAAGGAAUAUCAUCCGUGCCAGUGGCACAAAAAAUUGCUUUAAAAAGCAUAAUUUUUUUUAAAGGUUUGAUAGAAAAAGAGUACAGUUCUCCCUACAUAUUGGAGGUAAAAGAUUAAUUUGGCAAUUUCAGAUGCUUUAUAGACUAACAUUAAUUUUGUGACUUUAUUCACAAACUCUGCUAACAACAAAUCAAGUAUGGUUAGUGUGUCUUUGAUACUUCAAGGUGUGUUUGUUAUAGUAUUGUAUGAAAGUUGUAAAUAAUGAAUGGUCAAUUGUAAAUAAUAAAUUCAUCAAAUUUUA